AUGCACUCGGUUUCUGAUCUCACAACGUUCGCCCGGCGAACGACGGGAGAUGUUCCACCUCCGCUCGUGGGCGCAUCUACCACCGUCGUCGGCGACAAGAUGUACCUUUUUGGUGGAAGACUCGUUUCUCUCCGCAAAAUGGUGUCAGACAUGUACGAAUUCAACCUCAAGGCGCACGUUUGGACCAAAAUCGAGCCCAAACCCGACGAAGAAGUUCCGGGACCCCGUUAUUUUCACAGUGCAGACGCUUGGAAUGAUCAUCUUGUAAUAUUCGGCGGUAUGGGAUAUACCGACUCUGCAUCCGACGAACUAUGCGUACUCUCGGAUGUGCGCGUCUUUUCGCUCUCGACCCUCUCGUGGCUCCCGCCUACACCCGUGCAGACUGCGUCUGCCGAAGAGUCGAUUGACGGAACAGAAGUUCCGCCUCCACGCGCUCGCUACGCGCAUCUAUCCUCCAUCACCUCGUCGCGUCUCUUCAUCAUCGGAGGCCAAAACCUGUCCAAUGACUGGUUGGAUGACAUUCACGUCUACGACCUGCCGUCCAAGACGUGGGUAAUGUGGAAACCUUACCCUCGCCAUUGCGGGACCUAUCGAAGUGUGGCCGUCUGCGCCCAAAAACGGGUGCGCAAUCCAUCCGAAGAGAUGCGUGCCACUCUUGCGAAUCAUGCUGGCGGUUCAGGAGGGAUUGGUGGUGGCAUGUCGAUGAAUGGCACAAGCAGUCCGCCACCACAAGGUUACCCGUUCCUAGGCCCUGUGGGUGCACGCUUUGCCCCAGAACGCACGGUCAACUCGAAUGCGUUGAUGCCGAGGACAAACCAUGGGGAUACUGCACCCGAUGGUCCCACCCCAACCCGUGAACUCGUCCAUUUGCCCUACUCGUGCGACCCGACGGAAAACUUUCCAAACGACGUAUUUCUCUACUCUAAUUACAACUUCACCGACGUUCGGAGAGAGCUCGAGGUCCUUACCCCGUUACCGAACCAUGAUUUCGCAGUCGACGACCGGUCGAACCUUAUGACAGGCAAUUCGCUGCCCCCCGGUCUGCGAUUCCCGACCGGUGCGAUACUAGGUCACCACCUCGUGAUUGCGGGGACAUAUCUCGCCCACUCGUAUCAAAGUUUUUCCAUUUGGGCACUCGACUUGGUCAGCAUGACUUGGUCUCGAAUUGACCCUGGAGCUACGCUUGCGAGCGGAUCAUGGUCGCGAGGUGUGCUGUGGGAGAAUGCAAACAAGUUUCUCAUCUUUGGAAAUAAGGAUGGAAACCUUGUUGAAGAUUACAAUCGGCGCCUUCUUUCGUGGGAUCACAUUGCGUAUAUUGAUUUGGAAGCCUUUGGGAUCUACCAGCCACCCGAGUUGGCUCUCAGUCUUGCUGCCCAAGAACUGGGUCUGGCAGCGCUCGAGGAGGGAACCAUGGCAGACUUUGAGCUCGUGUGUGAUGAUGGACGUCGGAUCAGUUGCUCGAGACGACUGCUCGAGAACCGGUGGCCUUGGUUCAGGGAUCGCAGAAAGGAGUUUGUAGAUGCCGUCACGAGAGCGAUGGAGGCCAUGCCGAAUGGUGGAAAGGCGACUGGAGAUGUGGCAUUGCCCAAACUUCCUGGCACACUCGCGGAUAUCGACAAAGAGUAUGGUCGACCUGACCCGCGAUUGACGCCUCGUGCGUUUCAUCUCUCGGAGCCUUAUCCGGUCACGCUCGCGUUUUUGCAGUGGAUGUACGCGCAGGCGAUCAUCACCCGUCUGCAGCACACGCCACCCGUGUUGAGCGCUCUCCUCUUGUUGGCGACGACCUAUCGGUUGGAUCUGCUGGAGAAGCAAGUUCGACAUGCGAUGCAUCGGUCGUUGAAUGCUGCAACGUCGGUCGGCGUGUAUGAAGUGGCUACGCUCUGCGAUAGUCAGAGCUUGCAGAUUCGCGCACUCAAGGUGGUCAUGUCGUCGAGUCGUCAGCGAUCCAAUAAUCGCCCUCGCCAUCAAGGUGGACCCUCUGGCAGCGGUGGAAUGAAUGGGCCGUCGGAUGAUACAGGUGCUAGACCGCGUGGCAUGUCUGAUGCGCCAAACAUGAGAAGGCCUGGUGAACCACAACGGGGCCCGUCUGGCUCUGGCUAUACCUCUGCCCCUCAGACUGGACCAACAGCAAGUUAG